AAAUUAGUAAAGAAACGAUUCAUAAAACCAUUCUUCACUAUUUUGGGAAAGCACUCGAGAAAUGGUUCAAUCACUACAAAAAACAAUCCUAAACAUACGGCUCAAGGGUUAGUUAAUAAUGAGAUUACUGCUCAAGCUCUGGCUAACCUAUGGAAGUUGAAUUCUAACCUCCGUAACAACUCUCAAGAUACUGGGGCACGAAUCAGGGAGUGUACGAAGCAGCAGCAAGAAGACAAG